AUGGGGCACACGGCCUACUCGGGGCUGGACAACAAAGAUGUGUUGCACAAGUUCACCUACACGGCAAAUAUCCACACUACACUUGUAAUCAACUUUGAGGACAUCUUCAACCAACAAACUCUCUCUCUUGUGCCACUAGAUAUUUUGGUAUCUAGUGGUCAAAACCAAACAUUUGAAGACAUAGGUUUGAGCAAUUUAAAUGAGUUAGUCAUCCAUGGAUUUUUCAGAGAGGAGAAACCUAAUUAUGGUAUGCGUUAUGUUAUGCAUGACCUACUGCAUGAUUUGGCAUUGAAGGUUGCAUCUUAUGAUUGUCUUAGUUUACGUCUCCCUAGUGUUGGAUCAAUGGAGAUUCAGCCAACCACCUGUCACUUGUCUAUAAGCACAGAUGACUUAGGGAAAUAUGAUGAAGUGUCUGGUGAAAAAUUAAAGAGUGAAUUGGAAGAACUGAAGACAAGAUUUAAGGUUGAACAUUUACAUACAUUGAUGUUAUUUGGAAAAUUGGAUGAAGGUUUUGUCAAGAUAUUUGGUGAUUUUUUUGGGAAAGUGAAUGUUCUUCAUGUUCUUCGUUUGCCCAGCAUGCUUUGUUCAGUGGAGUCAAUGUUACAUAACUUUUCAGGACUAGUCCACCUACGAUACCUAUGUUUAGGGACAGAUGAGAGUCAGAUGCAUUUACCACUUAGCAUCUCAAAAUUUUAUCAUUUAAGAAUUUUAGAUCUUCGAUUGUGGGGUGGCAGUCAUGAUUUGCCCGAAAACAUGAGCAACCUUGCCAAAUUAUGCCAUUUUUAUGUCCCAUAUAAUGGGCUUCAUUCUGAUAUUUAUUGUGUGGGAAAACUUAAACUCUUAGAAGAGUUAAAGGUAUUUGAAGUUAACAAAAAAAGCGAAGGGUUUGAACCACAGCAACUAGAGCACUUGACAAAGCUAAGGGAGCUUGGCAUCUACAACCUUGAGAAGAUAGAUACUGUAGAAGAAGCAGGUCAAGCAAAACUGAUGGAGAAAAAAUAUUUGAGGAAGUUAACAUUGGAAUGGGAUAGUGGGCGGACAAGUGUUGAGCCUGGUGUGGAAGCAGUGGUUCUUGAGAGACUUCAACCACAUGGAGAUAUUCAAGUGUUGUGCAUUAGAGGGCACGGAGGCCCUUCUUGUCCAACAUGGCUGGGUGAUGACUUCACUGUUGAGGCUCUACAAUUUCUUUAUCUUGAUGGUGUUUCUUGGGAUGUUUUCCCUUCUUUAGGGAAGGCGUGGGAUCUUCGUGAACUGAGGUUGGAGGACAUUACUGGACCGAAGGAGUUUAUUAUAGAGGAGAGCUUUUGCAUGCUAAUAAAGCUUGAACUCAUUAGCCUAGGAAGUUUUCGAAAAUGGCUUUACCCAGCCAAAGAAGGCUCUUCCCUGGGUGGAGACUUGUUGCCACUGGAUACUCAUAUGUUCCCUCUUUUGCAAGUGCUGAUUAUUAGAGAUUGCUCAAAACUCUUGGGGUUUCCUUUCUCAAACCACAUUGUUUCCCCAGAUUGGUUUCCGAAACUACAAGAGCUUGAGGUACUAUACUGUCCAGAAUUCUCGUCAGUGAUUCCCAUCUCCUGGAUUGAAAGUUUGUGUUCUGUCACGAUGAAAUCUGUAAAGCAACUAGAGAAGUUUGCAUACUCAAAAUCAUCUGAUGGAGCAGAAUUGGAAAUUAUUGGAAAGGGUGAUCUGCGUAGCUUAGACCAAGUGUUAGUUUUUGAUAAAGACACAGGUCUUGGGGAACUGACACUGGAGAUGUGCCCACCUCUGGAGUUGAAGCACCUUCUGAUGCUAACGUCACUGAAGAAAUUGAUUGUAAAAAGCUCAGAUGAUCUGGUUGGACUACUAGGAGGCCAGGGUGAUGUGGAAAGGCAGCUCCCACUUUGGUUUCCCAAACUACAAAAGCUUGAGAUAUGGGACUGUCCAGAAUUCUCGUCAGUGAUUCCCAUCUCUUGGAUUGAACGUCUACGCUGUGUCACGAUACGAUGUGCAAAGAUGCUAAAGGAGUUUACGUACUCAAAAUCAUCCAAUGGAGCAGAAGUGGAAAUUAUUGGAGAGAGUGAUUUGCAUAGCAUAGACCAAGUGUUAAUUUUUGAUAAAGAAACAUGUCUUGAGAAGCUCACACUCAACAGGUGCCCACGUCUGGAGUUGAAGCACCUUCUGAUGCUAACCUCCUUGAAGACAUUGUUUGUAUUUCAUUCAGAUGCUCUGGUUGGGCCACUAGGAGGUCAGGGUGAUGUGGAAUGGCAGCUCCCUAUUGAGCAUAUGCGGAUCUGGGACUUAAAUGGUAAUAGUGGGGAGGAAUUGACAGAUCUCCUCCCCCACCUCCCAAAGCUCUCCAAAUUGGAAAUAGAUGAGUGUAAAACAUAAAGGAACGCCCUUUCAACAUAAAGGAGCACCCGUCUGCAGCUUCUUCUCUUCUGCCCUCACCAAGCUGGAACUUUAUGGGUGGGACUACAAAGGGAUGAAGCGCUUCAGCAGGGAGCAAGAGAACGCCCUUCUGCUCCUCCUCCCUGCAGGGCUGCGCAACUUUACCGGCCUCAAGGAAUUAUCAAUCAACCACUGUCCAAGCAUCUCGUCAUUACCCAACGAUGGCCUCCCCAAAUUACUGCAAGAGCUAAAUGUCAGAUGGUGCUCCAACCAGGAGCUAAAACAGCAGUGGAGGGGGUUAAUGGGAACCAUCCCCAAAGUCAUGAUAGACUUCUGAUCCAAGUGUUAGGGACCAAUGGAUCAUCUGGCAUAAUUUUGGAAAACAACGGAUUGUCAGUGUUUUGCUGCUGAUCAUGUUUGAAGUUUUGCCAUCCAGGAUCUUCAGAAGAAUAUCAGUGCAUGUGUGGAGCCAGUUUAGAGCAUAGGCAGCAGUAGCACUCUCAAGUGAAUCAGGAUGUCGAUUAAUGCCGGGAAUUUACUUGGUGCCCCCAACUAUUUACAUGCGAAACCUGCCUAUCUACUGAUGGGACUAUGAAUCUCCUCGGAAGAAAAAGAUUGAGUUCGGGGAAAGUGUGCCAAAUCCAUCUUAAGCGCAUGCUGGUCGCUGUGGAGUUGCUGCAGCCAUUGCCAAUAGCAUCCCCCAAAGCGCAUUGUCAAGCUGUUGUUGCAUAUGAUAUUUUCGAAGGUAUCCCCGUGUUUGCUGCUGCAUUGUGCAAGAAAAGGAUCAAGGCCAUAAUGGCAAACAAGAAAGAUUACCAUUUCCUUAAUGUGCAGAUGACAGCCUUUCAUCACGAAAAACUGACACUGCAAAGGUGUGAGUAAUUGGUGAAGGUUUUGUACUCACGGUUCUCGCCAAGAACUGCAACUCCAGCAGAACGUUUAUUCAUGUGAGAAUUGGAGUGCUGCCAAGGAAUUGAAUUGCGAGUCUACGGAAUAAGAAUGCUAAUGAAGAAGAAGCCUUUCCUAGAAACAACCAGACUGCAUCUUCUGAAGAAAUCGACACUUCUCAUGUUAUCUGAAGAAAUCGACACCCAACGGUUAUCUUCAAUCAAAUCUAACAGCAACGUACCACCACUUUCCACGGAGUUCCGACACACUGCCACACCCUUGAUCGUGCAUCCAACGGCUCUGAAGACUAGAGCUGCCACUAUUUGAAUUACUUUUACUGUCUCCUUGUUCAGCAGCUUUUACAUUAUUAGCAUUAUAAAAGCUACCUUUCACUAGCUCAAAAAAGAAGUUACCUUUCACUGGUUGUAACGGGUACAAAACGCCAGAUCGAUCUGAUAGCCCUGGAGCUCAACUUCCUGUACUUGGGGUAAAUCCCAGCCGCCAUGUCCUGGCUGGCGUGAACGUGUAUCCUUAAUUCACUAUAUAUUCUCUG